UUGGACUAUUUGCCAUCACUGGCAGUCCAUCUCUAAUAUUGAACAAACAAAGUUUACUCUUUAUUAAACUGCAGGUAACGGUGGUUUCUGCCGUGUUUUCAACAAAAUUAUAAGAAAAAAUGUCGCAGGAGGUUGAGGAAACACUCAAGAGAAUCCAGAGCCACAAAGGUGUUGUGGGUACAAUUGUGGUCAACAAUGAAGGUAUUCCGGUCAAAUCCACGCUGGACAACACCACCACCGUUCAAUAUGCUGGACUAAUGAGUCAGCUGGCGGACAAGGCACGAAGUGUGGUAAGGGACUUGGAUCCUUCCAACGACAUGACAUUCCUGCGUGUGCGAUCCAAAAAGCACGAGAUCAUGGUGGCGCCCGACAAGGACUUCAUCCUGAUUGUCAUCCAAAAUCCAACCGACUAAAUGGGGGCGUCGGACCAGUUGCUGAAUUAACUGCACAUUUAUACAUAUAUAUAUAUUCAAAUUGUCAGCGGAUGAAAGGAAAGUUAAAUUAUAACGUAAUGAAAUGGUA